AUGUAAAGCUCAGAUCCAUAAGAAUAAUAGAAGAUUUAGAAUUUGUCUCAAUUUUUGAUUUCAUUAUAAAAUACUUUAGUAAUGAGUUGAAUAUAAAUAGAUUUACAAAAUGGAUUAGACCCAUUAGAAUGAAGCUAAAAGACUUGAUGAUUAAUUAGUAGAAUUGAAGUCAUUAAAAAAAUAAAUAAAACACAAAGAAUUAUGA